AUGGUUUUGUCUGUACCGAGAUUCAUAAUACUCGUUGCACUCUUUAGUAAUGUAUUCUGGUCAUGUCUUUUAAAACAUGAGAUACUAUACGUUUCCUCACUUGAAGUUAUCGCACAUAUCGGUACGAAAAGACCGUAUCCCAUUGUUACGGAUACUUCUCCUCCACUCCAGGUGCCCGAAAACUGUGAAUUAAAACAAUUGCAUUUGGUUUCACGUCAUGCCGGAGACAUUAUAAAAUUUGAUGUAUUGAAAAUCUUGUUUGCGAGUUUUUCUCAUGAUUCUGAAGAAAUGUCGUGGAUAAAAAGUUGGAAAAAUCCGUUCAAAAUAUCAUCAGCCGGAUUACUUUCGCACGACGGCGAAAAAGAAUUAUAUCUGAUGGGUAAACGUUCAAAAAGUCGAUACCGAGAGUUUUGGGAGAAUAUCACCUAUGCAUCGAAUUUGGUAGACUUUUCUAGUUCUGCUGCUCCCAGAUCUGGGCAAUCUGGAUUUGCGUAUGCUCUUGGAUUAUUCGAAGGGCAAGGAUCUCUCGGUAAUUCUUCAUUACAGUCUGUCUAUAUACAUACCGAACCAACGGGACUUGAUAAAGAACUAGCCAUGAAAAAGGCUUGUCCGAAGUGGCUUUCCACUGUAGCAAGAAGGAAAAACCAUGAAAUAGUCACAUACAUCAAAGAAAAAUUAUCACCGAUCGCUGAUCGAAUUAAUCAAAAACUAGGAAUCACGCCACCACUCGAACCCAUUCAUGUUGAUUAUAUACAUCGAGCUUGUGGAUUUGAAGUGGCUUUCUUUCGAAAUACCACCACCUGGUGUAGUCUAUUAACUGACACCGAUCUACUGACAAUGGAAUAUUUCAAUGACAUACAACAUUAUUACUUGUAUUCUUAUGGCAAUCGAUUGAAUUCUUUGUUGGCUUGCCAGUUGAUCACGAGUUUUGUGCAUGCAGUUGAUGAUGGACUCGCUGGAAAAUCUGAAAUUAAAAGUGUUUUGAGAUUCGCUCACGCAGAGACAAUCUACUUUUUAAUGACAUUAUUGAAUAUGAAUAAAGAUGAACAUUUACUCAAAGCCAACGAUCCACAAAAAAAAAUAGCAUCACACGAUGAUAAAAAUGACCGCACUCAACUUUUUUGUCCAUGGUCGAAAUUCAAAAAAAUAUUGGAUAAAGUCAUUGGAUGCGAUUUUGAAGGAAUUUGUCGGAUAAAGAAACGGGUGAAAUCAUCUAUUCAAGAAAAACAUUUCCAUUUCGAUUGA